GAGAUGUUGGUUUUGCACGAAAGUUGUAUCCUCUCGUGAUGAAAGCGGAGUACCUGUUGUCCCCCCUGCUAUUGUUGAAAGCAAUGAUGAUGUGGAAGAAAACCCACCCUCUGAUCCAAAUGAUGAAUUAACAGUCAAGGCACUUCAGCAGCAAAUAGACUUUACCAAUGAAGAUCUGAUCCAAGCUGCGACGGAAGUGAAACAAGUAGAAGAAAAAUUCGUAAUGCCAUCCCUAACUGGAGAAGAGCAAUUAAAUAUUUUGCAUGGUGCCUUGAGGAUCGUAGAUGAAAGAAUCGAUGAUGGUGGUGUAACAAUGAAAUCCUUACGCAAAUUACAAACCU